AUGCAUUUCCUCAAGUCUCUCACCACCCUCUUCGCAGGCGCCGCCCUCAUGGGUGUCGCCUCGGCCGCCGCUGUCAACACCAAAAUUUCAGCCCGAGAUUCUCCUUUCUCUGACCUCGGGCUCGAUAGCGACUUCUGGGGCACCAUGGACAACUACUGCCGCGGGACCGCCUCCUCAAAGCGUGUCGUUUCCUCUCUGCAGGCCCGCGCCACCGCCCCCAACGGCUACGACGUUGUUUCCCCCGGAAAAUACCAGGGCUCCUUCCAAGUCAUCACCAACGGCGGGGCCUGGACCGACUUCCUCGUAACUUGCUACGGCGUGGUAAUUGUCGGCGAUACCACCAACGCGGUAGCCAAGAAUAAGUUCCUGGCGCACUUCUACGCCGUCGAUUCUUUCAUGGAUGAUCUGUGGAGCGAGCUGUCCGGCGAGGUCGGAAAGCAGGACCUCACUAAUAUGAAGGCCUGGGUCAGUCUGCCCGACAUAUCGACCGCCCCGCCCGACUUAAACCGGGACAAUAUGCAGACCGUCGAGAAUAAGAUGAAGGAUCUGCUUAAGGGUCUCACAGGCCAGGCUCCUACGGCCAGGUACCACAGCAUGAGCGAUGCUAGUGACAGAGUUGGUGACAUCGGUACGAUGCAACUGAACUACGCGGAUUCGACCGUCAAGAUUGAUGGGCAGGAUGUCGCUUUUGGCAGCUAA